UUCUCCGUGGGGAUUACGGUGUGUGGGACGAUCCCAGGAAUCUGAUCCACUCACGAAAACUUUUGUUGAGCUUGUCUUUGAAUUAGCUGCUGCUGGAGCUCAGAUCGAUUUUCACUUCCUGGGUUAUCCAGAAAGAUGGAUCCUGUGGCUUCUUUUCAACCAUUCGUGAAGGAAUUGAUAUCUUAGGUCAUGUUUUGGUGGAAGCUCAGUUCCCUAGAUAUACUGAAGUCACUCGAUUUGAGAAGCCCCUCAGUUACUUUUCUUUGCUGAUCAUUUUUUGGUUCUUUACCUCUGCUAAUCAAGGGAUGAAUUGGAUCCAGUCAAUCAAAUCUAGUAGUAAUGACCACGAAACUAACUUCUUCGAGCAGCAAAGACAUCAGAAAAGGCUCGAACAAUGUCAGCAAGGGCCUUCUCAACGGAAGGAGAAAACUCUUUCGCCCUACUCCCUGUUUGGAGGGGAGAACAGUCCAUCAUAUCUUUCACGUGGAGGCGUAACCCUGUCGGAACGAGGUCGUCGUCAGCCAGUAAUCUUCAGAAGUCCAAAUGUUGAACAAAACGCGAGUUCACCUUCUGUCAGCAAUUCGGAUGGAGGUUGUAUGUACGGAGGUUUGUCGCCAAUGUUGCUACCAAAGGUUUCGCGGUCUCCGAUUGAAGAAGUUACGAAGAAAGCACGAAAGAAAGCCAUUUUUUGCCGUGAAACACCUUUCAUGAAACCAGUGCCUAAUGUGAAAUUGAACGGAUUACCUGAUGUCACCGUGCCUGAGACCCCAGAAAGUGUUCUUCCCAUUAAACGGAUCAGAAGAAAUCCUUGGAGGCGUGAACAAAUUCUGAAAGACGACGAAGGGAUCCCGGAGCCAUUCGAUACCUAUGAACAAGAUCUGCGGAAAUUUUUGCCGGAUGUUACUGAUCUUCUUUACGAGCACAAGAAUACAAUUUAUGUUCACAAGGAUCAUCUGUUCACGCUUCUACCGACGUAUAUGUCAUCGGGUGCUUAUCACGACCAGGUCCGGAGGAAUUUUGAAGAGCAUGGGAGGGAAUGCCGUUUCCGUCUUGGAGGAGGGUUCUUCCUGACUGCGGAAGACGAACUCGAUGCGGGUAAACUGGUAAAUCAUCUGCACUGUGUUCCGGUGUCACAAUCGGUGAACUUGACGCGGCAAACUUCGAUUCCUAAAGAAGUUGGCUCUGGAAAGAACCUACUGGAAAAACUGGCUAGUGUACGUGAGCAGAGAUCCAGUUCUGUGGAAAGCAUGCCCCCAUCUGAUCUGAGUUCUGACGUCAGUGGGCCCAGAUCAGGUCACCACCAAGGUUCAACAAAAAAGGUGGAAGUGGGCGUUCAGACCACACCAGAGUUGAAUUCAAAUCGAAAUAAGGAUGGUUGCGUUUGUGAAGGAUCCAUUCACAGGAUUCUUUUCGACACGAUCGAAGUGCUGAAUUCCCAAUUGAAGGAUAAAUCGGAGCGUGACAAACAAGUAUCCAGCACUCUUUUUCGUUUGUUGGAAACGCAUCAGACCCAUGAUCAAUACGUUCUCAAGUCGCUCAUCUUGCUUUCGGACCUCGUUCGGGAUUUACCAGCGAAGCUGAAUGCAAUUUUGGGUGCAGCAGUUGAUCCGUCAUCCCUGUGUGAAGUUGGGUUGACUUCCCAAGCCAGUGAUUGUGAAAAUUUUUCCCGUGUUCGCGAAAGGGAAAACUUGGAGUCAAAGUUGAAGAAAGCUCGGUCUGCGUGAAAUAUGUUGGUGGCUGUCUGGAACUUUUGUUUUGUUUUUCUAUAUGUAGUACUCAACUUGUUUUAUUUUCACUGAAUUUAAGAAGUGUAAUGCACAACUUCUACAGGUCUUGACGGGAGCCGGUGGAUUGAGAAGACAAAAGAUUACGAAAGAAGAAAAACUUCAAGAAAGAUUAAAUAAUAAACUUUCCUUCUAUUCGUACGCUGGAAAAUUUGCUGCAAUACUGUUCUCUCUUUUUUAUGAUUCUAUAUACUGUAAUUCCUUUUUGUGUAUCAGUCGUGGCAUCGGCAAAUUCAUUGCUUGUACUUGACAGGUUUGCACCAAAGCUAAAAACGAGACUCACAGAUGAAUGACGAGAAAAUUCUGCUUUGAUAGUGCUGGUAUACUGUCCAAGUGUCAAGUUUUUGGUUUGUAAACAGACCGGUUUGUGAAAACAAUUCCAAAAAACAGGGAAAACCUUCCAUACGCAAAAACGUGACCCUCGUAUGUUUUUAUGCACAUUUUUUCCUCGUUCCAUUCGAAAUGGAAUUUUCGUGGUUUCCGGGCUACAAUGUGAUUGUAUUUCUAAGAAAAAUGUGUUAUCUUGAUUUUUCGAAAAGCAGCCCGAAUCGUUUUGUAUGAUUUGUAAUCGAGGCUUUCUUCAAUUCAUCAAAACGUUAUCCGUGAGAUGCCCUGUGUUUUUAUAUAAAAGCUAAAUUUAAUUUUUAGAAUUCUUGGUUCGAUGUGAAGUCGAACUGGAUUCAAAAAGUGGUAUAUUUUUUUUCGAAUUAUGGCUGUUUUGAUCGCUUUAUAUGUGUUGCGGAUGGGAAAAACGGGGUCCGAAUUCGUUUAUGAACGUGUACGAUCGGGCAGAGAAUAUUCGGGAGCUUUUCUGUUUGUGAUGAUGAUGUUCCUAACCUCUGGCAAGUUAAUUGCUAGAUAGUUCAUACAGCAUCUGAAUGGUUUUUUUUUUGUGGACCAAGUAUGUCGUGCCUCACGCAACUCUCCGUCUUCUGUUUUUCGUAAUUUGAUGAAAAAAGAGCUUUUGAUGUUGAAAAAUUCCGGGUGUUCGACGGGAGUAAUACCGAAGUUGUGACGAAGAAAUACGCGGGUGUUAUUUUUUUUUUUGAUUGAUAACUAACUGGUUUACCGUAUCCACUGUGUCGUACCCAAAAUUCGCGUGAAUACAAUUUUUGGAUGUGAUUUGUGCUUCGUGAAAUUUCCUGGUACAGAGGUUGAACCACUUUUCUCAGCUCUUGUGUAUUUCCAUGUGAGCCGGACUCUUCAGCGUAAAUGAGUGUUUCUUUUUGGUGCCAUAGUCCAUUGUGUCUAUCUAACACACUUUCGUAGGAACCGUGCAUUACACUUUACCAUAAAUCUGCAUCCCAUGUCUUUCUCUGGGAUUUAACAUCUUUGCCCAGUUCGUUUUUGCGUUAGUCGUAGUGUAAUGUAUUUCUGCUACCCGCGCGUGGUUCGAGAUCCAAUCACCUGAUCUUAAACAAGUUAAACUGUCCGGGAUACUCCAAGCAAUUAGCCAGCCUAAGUGAGGAGAGAUAUUUCAAAUGGUAGGUGAUGGAAAAUACCAGAACCUGAUUUGUUUGUCCCCUUUGUCAUGCGGUCACUUGAACUAGGAUGACUCAGAAGCCACAUUAUCCAAGUCCGGGUUUCUUCAGUUUUUUUUGCACAGUACCAAGAGUGCAGUAACUGAUGUGUUAAUAACGCAGCAGGUUUCGCGUCAUAAAAUGUACUCACAAGGCUUGGAACCGAUCAAAGGAAUGUGGGAACAUCCCCGGAACUCCGAUCUAUUCAAGUGCUUAAAGUGGAUCAACUUGUGCUGUGCCAGGGAGCGGUUGUUAUGCGAUUAAAAAAUUCGUCGUUUAUGAGUGGA